AUGACUGCCUCGAACGAUCUCACUCCUGCACAAAUCUCGGAUCUCAAGGAGAGCUUCAACACCUUUGACCGCAACAACGAUGGCAACAUUUCCCGCCGCGAGCUCCACUCGCUCCUCCACACCGUCGGCCAUAAGGUCGACGCCAAGGGACUCGAGAAAAUGCUCGCCGAAUACGAUGCCGACAAGUCCGGCACUAUUGACUUUAAUGAAUUCCUGAGACUUACUGCCAUUCUCAUCAAGAACAAAGUCCCCUCCAACUAA